GGGAGAUGGGCUGAAAGUCUGAGAGAGGUCGAUUGAGCCAGGUGUCACCAAGCAUUCAGACUCAUUAUAAUUAUCAGUGUAAUGCACAGGUUCAGCUAUGCCUUACGUGGAUCGGCAGAACCGGAUCUGUGGCUUCCUGGACAUAGAGGAGAAUGAGAACAGCGGCAAGUUCCUGCGCCGCUACUUCAUCCUGGACACGGCCGAAGGCAGCCUGGUCUGGUACAUGGACAACCCACAGAACCUGCCAAAAGGGGCCCCCAUCGUUGGCUCCCUCAAACUCACCUAUAUAUCCAAGGUGAGCGAUGCCACCAAACUACGACCCAAGGCGGAAUUCUGCUUCGUCAUCAAUGCUGGAAUGAGGAAAUUUUACCUACAGGCUAAUGAUCAGCAGGACUUGGUGGAAUGGGUUGGCGUGCUCAACAAUGCAACUAAAAUCACAGUGCCAAAAUCAGGUGACCACGUGCCACAGAAUGCAGAGUCCCCACUGGAAGUGCUCGGUGCUAUGAAACAGGUCUCGUACAAGACGGAGAUCAUAGGAGGGGUUCCGAUCAUCACCACUACACAGGAGAAGGGAGAGGGUCAGAACGGGGCGGAGCGCGGUGGACUCAGGAAGCAGCACGGCCAGGUGCCCUAUUACCUGAGCCGGACUGCACAGGACCAGAGCGUCAUCAAAGCUGGAUACUGUGUCAAACAGGGAGCUGUGAUGAAGAAUUGGAAGAGGAGAUACUUUGUUCUGGAUGACAAUGCCAUCAGUUACUUUAAAUCAGAUUUGGAACGGGACCCUUUGCGUGUUAUUCCGUUGAAGGAGGUUACUAAGGUUCAGGAAUGUAAGCAGAGUGAUUUGAUGAUGAGGGACAAUCUUUUUGAACUAGUCACUACCUCAAGGACCUUCUACAUUCAGUCGGACAGUCCAGAAGAGAUGCAUGGCUGGAUUAAGGCUAUCUCUGGCGCCAUCGUCGCCCAGCGCGGCCCCGGCCGGUCCGCAGCCUCAGAACAUGGCCACCACCACUCAUCCAGUUCCGCCUUCUACUGCAGUGAACAGGGGCCCCCAGCCCCUCGCUCGCCAAUCUCCUCUGAACUACAAUUCCCAGAAUGCCCUGGCCCCCAGGGCCCUCAGCAUGGCCCUGGACACCCAGGACUUCAGCAACCUGUUGCCAGGGGUGCCCCGGACGCGUCUGUCUCUGCAGGAAACCCCGCGUCUCCUCUUCAAGUGAGGGCCAGUUUUUCAUCGCCAUGGCAACGCCGCAGUAGCUUUGAGAACGAAUCUUCGCAUCCUCCCCAACAACUGGAGGAAGGAGAUAUACACAUUACUGAGGUGUGAUUUAGAAACUGGACACAUACGCUUUAAAAAACAUAAACGUCCCCAGAGGGAGCCGUGGUUUUGGAGAUUGCUAUAAAUGGGAAGAUAAACUAACACAAAACAGAACAGAAAAAAAUUCAAGAUUCAAACUGGAGCUGAACAAACUAGGCAAAACAUUAAGAGGACAUGGACUGGCCCUUCCUCAGCCUGUGUGGUGUGUGCUUGACAGGAGUGAACGGGAAUGUCUCGGAUCCGUAAUAUACUACUACACAGUGAAUUGGUGAAAGCACAGCAACACAGUCAAUACUUUCUUCAUCUUAGCUGCAGCUCAGACUUUCUACCAGCCCAACGUGACGAGGGUUUUCAUAGGACCACGAGGAAUGAGGCCUUCAUGGAUGGAUAACACAUGUUGAUAAUUGUGG